AUGAUUAUGCCCUCUAAUUCAGCUGUCGAACGGCUGCGUGGUUGGCCCAUGAUGUCAGGGAGGAUCCUUUGUAACCCUCUCUCUUCUUCUUCAGUUGUACACGUGUCUGCCCACCUGGUGAAUGUCAUCAGUUUCAGUGUCAGCUACUCAGACGACUUUCCUGCUCUCAACUUGGCUCGCUACAGAGGAGAGGACCCCAAACUGAUCAUUUUGACCACAAUCCCAGGAGUCACCGGCGUCCUGUUGGUUCUCAUCCUCUUUCUGAUGUUCACUUCCUCCUCCUACUGCGUGCGGUCAUCCAACUAUGAGAUCUUCUGGUACACACACAACCUCUUCAUCAUCUUCUACGUGAUCCUUAUGGUGCACAUGGUCGGGGGAGCUCUGAAGUAUCAGACCAACAUAGAGGCCCACCCUCCUGGCUGCAUCAGAGCAAAUCAGAGUAGCACAGAGCGGCAAUUUGAGGAGCUGGAGCAGGGUGAGGAUGAUGAAAGGAGAUGCAGAGAGGAGGCUCAAUUCCAGCCACACUACCCCCAGACAUGGCUUUGGGUGUCCGGUCCUCUCUGUCUUUACUGUGCUGAGCGUUUCUACCGCUACAUCCGGAGCAGUGACCCUGUUACUAUAGUGACAGUCAUCAGGCACCCCUGUGAAGUCAUCGAGUUGCGCAUGCUGAAGAAGCACUUCAAAGCUCGUCCUGGACAAUAUGUUGUUCUGAACUGUCCAGGUGUCUCUUCAUUUGAGAACCAUCCCUUCACGCUAACAACAUGUCCCACAGAGAACAAGGAAACUUUUGGCAUCCAUCUCAGAGUUUUGGGAGACUGGACUGAGCGGUUCACACAGCUGUUACUUCCUGAACCAAGGAUAGACUUGGAGAUCCUUCCCAUGGUUCAUCAGAGGAGAUACCCCAAGCUUUACGUGGAUGGUCCCUUUGGAAGUCCAUCAGAGGAAGUGUUUAACUAUGACGUUAGUCUUUGUGUUGCGGGUGGAAUCGGAGUCACACCGUUCGCCUGUGUGCUGCAUGCUCUGCUUGACGGCUGGACGGGUUUCAGGUUGCAGAGGUUGUAUUUUGUGUGGGUCUGCAGGGAGCUCCAGUCCUUCUACUGGUUUGCUGAGCUGCUGUGUGCUGUGUAUCACAAGGUCAGGACAAGGUUAUAUAACUAAAACAUCAGGGAAUUCAGCUAUGGUUCAUAAUAUUUAAUUUACUUUAAUAAGUUUGGUA